AUGGUAGCCUGGGCUGUUCAAAAGCCAUGGCUGAAGCAGAACCUACCCUACCGAGGGGCCAGUUUCCCGCUUGUGGGCUACAACAGCGCUGGACACGGGAAUGCCUGGCAGACCAGGAGGCCGCCGCAAACCGUACCAGCCAAUUACCAGGUUGAUGCAAAUGAGCGGCACUUUGGGACGGUCAUCUUCUACCACAAGUUCCGGGGCUACGGGUUUAUCGAGCCCACCCCGGGAACGGAGAUUCCCACGGAGAAGGUCUUCGUUCACUGGAAGCAGAUCUCCAGCGACGACCGAUUUCCGUUCCUGCUGAAGGGGCUGGAGGUGGAGUUCAGCCUCAUGAUCUCCAAGGAUUGGCAGAGGGGGUUGAACACCCUUCGCGCCAAAGGUGUGACCUUAGUGGGCGGCAUGAGUGUUGCCCUCCAAGAUGAGUUGGAUGCCAAUGAGAAGUUUUUCGUUGGUGGCCAACAUUUAAGAUACACCGGCACCUUGAAGUUCUACUCGCCAAGGCAUGGCUUCGGGUAUGUCCUCAUGGAUCAAGGCUACGAUGUGGAUCCAAGCGUCCCCAGCGAGCUGCGAGUAGAUCACGAGGAGGUGAAUGCAGCCGGGCAGCAGCCAGUGCACAUGCGGAACGUCGCUGUGGAAUUUGGGAUCUACAGGAAUGAGAGGGGUCAGUACAAGGUCUACAAUAUGACCCUCCAGGGGGGUCAUCCUCUUACCCAGGAUGCUUUGGAGAAUCGAAUCUCCAUGGGCGUGGGGAUGCAUAGAGGACAGGUCGCCUUCUGGAACUGGAGGCAGGGUUACGGCUUCAUCAGACCAGACCCUUCGACCAUUCUACCCUCGAAGGUGGUGGCCAAGUUGGCGGAGCAGGCAGAAGCUGCUCGCAAGCGAGGCAAGCGCAUUGCUGAGGACAGCCUCCUGUACUUCCGUAGGUCGGAUUUGUCUCCUGGCCUCAACCCGAUGCAGGGUGUGCAGGUGGGGUUCCAGGUCUACAUUGAUGACAAAGGGGCUGGUGCUUGCGAAGUCACGCCUUGA